CUUUAACACUAUGCGUUAACAUUACUAACGAAGCUGCAGUGCUACGGUUAUGAAUGAAAGCCGGAAAGUGCCCGACAUUUAACUCAGCUUCUACUUGAAGUCGACGACUUAACGGACUGUUUUUGACGUAGGCAGCUGCUGACCUACUUCGAACGCUGACCUACUUCGAACGCUGUCUGCAGAGCGCGCAGUUUUCUUCCUAGAAGUAUAGCCUAAGGCUUGCUCCAAUGGAAACAGGAGCGGACAGGGCUCAAUACAAGAGGGGCAAAUAUAAAAGAUUUUUAGAUCCUGACUAUUUAAGUGAGGUGCCAAAGACCAGUAAAUGGCGGACCAACCAAUCAACUGAGGCUAAUGUCAACACAGCUGAUGAAGACGGAGAUAUAGCCCAAGAAAAUUCGGAUGAUUAUUCAGACAUUAAUUUUCAAACUAGAUCUCUAAACCCAGAUCUCAAUAUGCCCAAUGUAGACACAGACCCACACAAAUCUCCAAUGGAUUCCCCAUUACACCCUGGUUCAGAGGUAACAUUGGCACAGUGCAUAGUUUUAAUCCUGGCCUUUGCCCUGAGACACAGUUUGCCAUCUAAAGCCAUCGAAGAUCUACUAAAAUUGUUAAAUGUUAUUUUACCACCCAUCAAUAUCUUGCCACACUCUCUACACAUAUUCAAGAAAUGUAUUCAAGACCCAUCAGACGACAUACGAGUCCAUUUAUUUUGCAAAUGUUGUGGUGCAAAUUUAGCUAAAGAAACGUCACUUUGUGAACACUGUGGUGAUGACACAAACAAGGACAAUGUCAAAGAGGGGGAUUUCUUCAUUAGUCUCUCUAUAGAAAACCAAAUCAGGGACAUCCUCCAAAGAGAACGUCUUAGCGAUUGUGCACCACCAGGCAAUAUCCUCAGAGAGACCAAUUACAGACCCGGGGACAUUUCUUUGUUGUGGAACUGUGAUGGUGUGCCCAUUUUUAAUUCUUCAUUUAACUCCCUAUGGCCGAUUCGUUGUGUGAUUAAUGAGCUGCCUGCUGAAGUCCGGUAUAAAAAUGUACUGCUUGCUGGUGUUUGGUUUGGGCGAGGGAAGCCAAAUAUGUUGACAUUUCUCCACCAAUUUGUGCAGGACAUAAAAACAACAAAUACAAAUGGUAUAACCUGGAAGCAUCCACACACUGGGUUGAGACACAUUUCAAGGGUUUUCCCUAUUGCCUGUACAUGUGAUGCAGUGGCAAAAUGUAUGCUCCAAGGCAUCCACCAAUUCAAUGGAUCCUAUGGCUGUGGAUGCUGUCUUAAUGAGGGAUUAGUUGUAGCCAAAGGUCGUGGAUUCACACGCGUCUAUGACAAUGUUCCAGCUCAGUUAAGAACUCAUGAGCAAAUAAUUAAUUGUGGAGAAGAAGCUGUUGAGAACAAUGUUGAGCAUGUCCUUGGUGUUAAAAUGGUUUCCCCCUUAAUAUUACUCCAUAGCUCUGGAUUUGGCUUUGACAUGGUUAAAAGUUUUCCCGUUGACUAUAUGCAUGCUGUACUACUUGGAGUCACUAAACAUUUUUUAGAUCUUUGGUUUAAUAGUAAAUAUCAUGAGAGCCCUUGGUACAUUGGAACAGCUAAAAACAAAAUUGACAAAAAAUUGCUAUCCCUGACACCACCAUCUGAUGUCCCCAGAGUGCCACGCACUGUGGAGAGUGCACAAAAAUGGAAGGCGGCUGAAUGCGUGGUUGCUUUUUUACAGUUUGCCUGUUUUGAAUUUAAUCUUGCCCAACAAAUAUUUAAAACAUUGGUCAUGGCUUGUCAAUUCCAUAUUCCUCCUUCUUAAAGAUACAGUAUCAGAAAUAGACUUGGCCUGUGCAUCCCAGAAUAUAGAAAAAUUUGUUAACCAAGUCAAACAAUUAUAUGGAAUCUCCCACAUGUCAUACAACAUACAUCAAUGGACCCACCUUGAAUUUUCAGUUAAAUUACAUGGGCCCUUGUGGUGUAAUUCAGCCUUUGUUUUCGAAGGCCACAACCAAAAACUAACACGUUUGUGCCAUGGCACGCAAUCAAUACCGCAGCAGAUAGCAUUUCGAUUUUCUCUGAUACAGUCCUUACCCAUUCUAUUGGACAAUUCAAACAAUAAGCCAAACAAAUAAACCCAUUGGGGAAAAAAAAAUCCUAUUGGAAAGUCAUGAUGAAAAUCCUAUUGGAAAGUCCAAAUCCCAUAGAACCACCCUCCAGUCCUUUAGAAUCCUAUGGGACUUUAACAAUCACAAUGCACACUCUAUUGGAAUCCUGUUGGUAUGACAAUACAUCCUUUAGGAUUUCCACUAUCCAAUAGGAUUGUAAUGGAAAAAAACAAAAUCCAAUAGGACUUUCUGAUAAGGAUUAAUGCAUUAUCAUACCGGAUACGUAAUCAUCCCACCUCUUGUAACUUUCUAGCCUGACGAACCAGACCCACAUUGAAAUGUAGGGUCUGGGCACUCACCAUUCGCAGUGCUCAGUCCGAGGGGCGGGAUAAUCGGUUGUCUUUCA